AUGGCAGGAUCUGCAACACAGUUUAAUCAGACACUCAGUGAAAUCCUGGAGGGACAGGAUGCGCACUUCACCUCCUAUGAUGAGGUUCAUGACCGCUUUCAAGACAUGGAUUUGCAAGAGAACCUUCUUAGGGGUAUCUUUGCUUAUGGUUUUGAAAGGCCUUCCUCAGUUCAGAAAAGAGGAAUCGUACCCUUUUGCAAGGGUCUUGAUGUGAGCCUGCAGACACAGUCUGAAACUGGAAAAACCGCUACCUUCUGCAUUGGUGUCUUGCAGCAGCUUGACGUCACCCUUUUCCAGUGCCAAGCCCUGGUCCUGGCUCCCACCAGGGAGCUUGCUGAGCAGAUUGAGAAUGUCAUGCGUGCUCUCGGGCGUUACAUUGGCGUCAAGGUUCAUGCCUGUGUUCGCGAGGAUAAGCCUAUCCUCCAAGCUGGUGUCCAUGUUUUUGUUGGGACCCCAUGUCGUGUCUUUGACAUACUCCAAAAACAAUCACUUCGCUCUGACUGUAUAAAGAUGUUUGUCCUUGACGAAGCUGAUGAAAUGCUCUCCCGUGGUUUCAAGGAUCAGAUCCAUGGCAUAUUCCAGCUUCUCCCACCAAAGAUUCAGGUAGGAGUGUUCUCAGCUACAAUGCCACCAGAAGCUCUCGAGAUCACAAGGAAGUUCAUGAGCAAACCAGUGAGAAUCUUGGAGAGACGUGGCAGGCCAAUACUUGAAGCUAUCAUACAGUUCUACGUAGACGUGGACAGAGAAGAGUGGAAACUCGAAACUCUGUAUGACCUCUACGAGGCUCUAGGCAUCACUCAGAGUGUCAUCUUCGUCAACACUCGUCUCAAGGUUGACUGGCUCACAGAAAAAAUGAGAAGCCGUGAACGCACAGUCUCAGCCACUCACGGAGACAUGGACCAAAACACGAUAGACAUCAUCCUGAGCGAGUUCAGGUCUGGUUCUUCUCGUGUUCUCAUCACAACCGAUCUCUUUGAUUGUGGUUUUGACGUGCAUCAAGUGUCUCAGAUCAUCAACUUUGACCUACCCACUCAGCGUGAACACUACCUUCACCGUCUCGGAAGAAGUUUACCGUUUGGGAGGAAGCGUGUGGCGAUUAGCUUUGUGACUCGUGAUGAUGAGAGAAUGUUUACUGAUAUUCAGAAUUUUUACAAUGUGGUUAUUAAGAAGCUUGGAUCACAAGUAGUCGGGUGGUAG